CAGUGAAAUUAAGUGAUUUUUAAAGCAAGUUUAUUUGGAAAAUGGAUACUCAGGUUCCAAUUACUCUACAAACUAUGGUCGCUACAACGUUGCGUCUGGACAAUUUAAACUUCGAUUGCCUGUUGAAUAUUUUCAGUAUGCUCAACAUACCAGAUCUUGCAAGAGUAACAGGAGUGUGUCGAAAAUUUAGAGAUAUAGCUGCUGAAGCCUUCAAAUAUGAAUGGAAAAACGAAACGAUUCGACUGAGCAACAACAACAGUAAGAGCAGACUGGAAACAACAGCCAUUUUACGGAACUUUGGGAACCAGUUGCAAAAUGUGCAGAUUAUAUUCGACAAGCACAGAAAUGAUACAUUUUUCAGAUUAAUCAUCGACAAUUGUGGCUCACAAUUAAAACAAGUGAACUUCUCCAGCACACGUGUUAACCUCCAUGUAGAGAGAGUUCUAAGCAAAGAAAAUAUGCGACGCUUCAACCAAAAAUUCGCAAACUUGAAGACAUUAAGGUUCGAGAAUAACAUCAUCGACAUCACUGAACCGGAUUGCAUUGAGCAGCAGUUUCCAGCACUGGAGGAGUUGAGCCUAUCUAGCUAUCCAUUCGCAAAUCAAAACGUUCUCCAAUUCAUGAAAGUUAAUCCUCAGAUCAAAAGUUUGUCUUCAUUUCACUACAACAACGUACACUAUGCUGUAGAUAUGAUUGGAAUGAUCGAUCAACACCUGCCACGAUUGGAACGGCUCGGUUUGUGGGUACAUGGUCGAGCGGACAUGAUUGAAUACCAGCCACGUUUUCUGAAGGCCUUGAAGCAUCUGAAGAUUCACAGCUAUGGAAAUACAGCGAAUUUGCACCAUUUGUCGAUUUCCAACGAACGGGUAGAAGAAAUGGAAUUAGAGCUGGGUUCUUUCGACGAAAAUGUAAUUGAGUACAUCUGCCAGUAUAAAGAACUCACUAAAUUGGCUGUCCGCCUGUACUGUGAUAGUUCGUUCGAUUGUAAAUUUUUGCCAAAACUGAAAGAGCGUCUGCCCAAAUUGACUGAGGUUAUGAUAAGUGGUUUCUAG